AUGUCCGGAGCAAGAACUCAAAUUGCUGAUUCGUCUACGUCACCGUCUCUCAAUGACAAUCGACAUUUAGACUACAGCGGUUUGAAGUUUUCUUACCCGGAUGGGUCUGACGAGGAAGGUAGUUCGGUGACUACGGAGCUGCCAUCGUGUGUCUAUGCCGCUGCCCGAAGCCGACUCCAGCUGCCGCCUUUAGCGGCAUACGUUCACCAACACACGAGGCAAAUGCAUACAGAAGCGUUGCUGGAUGCGAACGUGGAGCCGGAGUACCAGUGUGGCGGGUCCCCGUAUCGCGUCCAGAGAGCCGCGGCGAAUGUGCGGGAGCGCCGCCGCAUGCUGAGGUCCGGCCCCAAUGGCAGUAUAAACUCGGCGUUCGACGAACUGCGUGUCCAUGUACCGACUUUCCCGUAUGAGAAGCGACUUAGCAAGAUCGAUACACUGCGCUUAGCCAUCGCAUACAUAGCCUUGUUGAGAGAGGUCUUAGACGCCGAUUACGAUCCUUUGACCUACGUAGAGAAAUGUCUCCGUGGCGAAAUCAAGGCCGAUCGUGCACAUUGGAAUACAAGCGAUCUGACUGCCCGCCUGUCUUGGAUAAAUUGGGAAAAUCUCGGUGUAAACCCUCAACGUCGAAGCGUCCUCACGUCUCUUGCUCUUAGCUCGGAGAACUUGCAAUACGCUCAUAACUAAACUAAAUUUUUGUACGCUUGAACUUUUUACUCCUAGAUAUUCAAUAUAAUCUA